CCAGGGACACCGCCCAUGGACGACGGAGGAGGCCUUGUCAUGAGCCCCUGCCUCUGUCUCGGCGUCUGCCUCUGGCUCUGGCUGGCCACCACCCUGGGACACGGGGGACGAGCGAGUGGCCACCUGAGGCUGGCUGUGUUGCCCGAGGACCGGCUGCAAAUGAAGUGGACAGAGGUGGAGGGCAGCGGCCUGGGCUACCUGGUGCAGGUGAAGCCCUUGGCAGGGGACGCGGAGCAGGAGGUGAAGCUGACCGCCAAGACCCCCAGGGCCACCGUGGGGGGCCUGAGCCCCUCCAAGGCCUAUGCCGCACAGGUGUUCCGGCUCACGGGCUCGGGGCCCGUCCUGCUGGCUCGGCGGGAGUUUGUCAUCCAGGCCCUGAGGAGCAGCUCGGUGAGCAGGGGCGUGGCCCAGGAGCCCAGCCCCACUGGAGAGGGCAGCCCAGAUCCUGAGCAGCCGCGGGAGCUGGGAGGCCCCCCAAGCAAGGGUCCGCCUACGCUUGGGGGGCCCAAGUGGAGCGAGCCCGACUCCCAGUUCCGCUGCACACCCCCUACGCCCGCCGACAUCGUCCUCCUGGUGGACGGCUCCUGGAGCGUCGGCCACGUCCACUUCCAGCAGGUCAAGGCCUUCCUGGCCAGUGUCAUCGCGCCCUUUGACAUUGGGCCGGACAAGGUACAAGUAGGCCUGACCCAGUACAGCGGAGACCCCCGCACCGAGUGGGCCCUGAGCGCCUUCGGCAGCAGUGAGCAGGUGCAGGACGCCAUGCGCCGCCUGCGCUACAAGGGCGGAAACACGUUCACAGGCCUCGCCCUGGCCCACCUGCUGGACCAGAACCUGAGGCCAGAGGCUGGGCUGCGUCCCGAGGCGGCCACAGUGGUGCUCCUGGUGACGGACGGCAAGUCCCAGGACGACGUGCGUGCGGCCGCCCGCGUCCUCAGGGAGAUGGACGUCGAUGUCUUCGCCGUGGGGGUGAAGAACGCGGAUGAAGCCGAGCUGAAGCUCCUGGCGUCCCCACCGCUGGACCUCACUGUGCACAGCGUCCUGGACUUCCCGCAGCUGCGCACGCUGGCCGGCCUGCUCAGCCGUCUCAUCUGCCAGAAAGUCCAGGCCAGGGGCCUGCCCGGGGGCACAGUCCCACAGACGGCCCCGGACCUGCUCCCCGGCCCCAGUGGCCUGGUCGUGGCCCAGGUGACCUCCUCCAGCGUCCUCUUGUCCUGGACUCCAGCCGCACAGCCGCCCCUCAAGUACCUGAUCGUGUGGCGGCCUUCCAGGGGCGGGGCCCCCAAGGAGGUGGUGGUGGAGGGGCCUGCGUCCUCGGCCGAGCUGCACAACCUGACCCCCAGCACUGAAUAUCUGGUCUCCGUGCGUGCUGUCCACGAGGGCGGGGUCGGCCAGGGCCUGCAGGGCCUGGUGACCACAGGGCCCCCUGCGGUGGUCGCCCCUCCCCCAGCACCGCUGCCUCCGCCCCGGGCGCUGACUCUGGCUGCAGUGACACCCAGGAGCUUCCACCUCACCUGGCAACCCUCGGCCGGGGCCACCCAGUACCUGGUGCGGUGCUCACCCACCGCCCCCAAGGGCAAGGAGGAGGCCGCGAGAGAGGUGCGGGUGACGCAGCCCCAGGUGCUGCUGGACGGCCUGGAGCCAGGCAGGGACUACGAGGUGACCGUCCAGAGCCUGCGUGGGGUGGAGGCCAGUGAGGCCCAGGCAGUCCACGCCAGGACCCCUGCCCUGGCGGCCCUGAGGGACUUGGGCUUCACAGACGUGAGCCACGACUCAGCACGCGUGUCCUGGGCACGCGUGUCCUGGGAGGCCCCGCCAAGGCUUAUCAGGAUCAGCUACGUCUCCAGCGAGGGCGGCCAUUCAGGCCAGGUGGAGGUCCCCGGGAACGCCACCUCAGCCACUCUGGAGCCCCUCUGCUCCUCCACCAGGUACACCGUCCACGUCAGCUGCCUCUACCCUGGGGGCAGCUCUGCCACACUGACCGGCCACGUGACCACGAAGAAGGCCCCUGGCCCCAGCCGGCUGUCGGUGACGGAGCUGCCGGGGGGUGCGGUCCAGCUGUCGUGGGCGGCUGCAGCCUCGUCUGGCGUCCGUGUCUAUCAGAUCAAGUGGACACCCCUGGGAGAGGGCAAGGCCCAUGAGCUCUCCGUCCCAGGGAACCUGGCUGCCGCCGUCCUGCAGGGCCUGGGGGGGCAGACGGAGCACCAGAUCAGUAUGCGGGCCUACCACAGGAACGGCGCACGCAGUGACCCCGUGUCCCUCCGCUACACCCCCUCCGCAGUGAGCAGGAGCCCCCCCUCCAGCCUGGCCCUGGCCUCCGAGACCCCCAGCAGCCUGCAGGCCAGCUGGACGCCACCCCAUGGCCACGUCCUCCACUACCGGCUCUCCUAUGCGCCGGCCUCCGGCUCAGGGCCAGAGCGGUCGAUCUCUGUGCCAGGGACCAGGAGCAACACAACCCUGAAGGACCUGCUGGCCGCCACCAAGUACCGGGUCCUGGUCUCAGCAGUCUACGCAGCAGGGGACAGUGUGGCCGUGGCAGCCACGGGCCGCACUGCAGCCUGCCCCCCACUGCACACAGACGGCCUCCUGCCAGGGUUCGACCUGAUGGUGGCCUUUGGCUUGGUGGGGAAGGAGUACGCAUCCCUCCGGGGCGUGGCCAUGGAGCCCUCGGCGCUGGGCGGGACCCCAACCUUCACGCUCUUCAAGGAUGCUCAGCUGACCCGCAGGGCCAGCGACAUCCAGCUGGCCGCCCUCCCUCCGGAGCACACGGUCGUGUUCCUGGCGCGCCUGCUCCCCGAGACGCCCCGUGAGGCCUUUGCGCUGUGGCAGAUGACGGCCGAGGACCUGCAGCCAGUCCUGGGGGUGCUGCUGGACGCCGGCAGGAAGUCGCUGACCUACUUCAGCCACGACACCCGGGCCGCCCUGCAGGAGGUCACCUUCGACCUGCAGGAGGUCAGGAAGAUCUUCUUCGGGAGCUUCCACAAGGUGCACGUGGCUGUGGGCCGCUCGAGGGUCAGGCUGUACGUGGACUGUCGCAAGGUGGCCGAGAGGCCCAUCGGGGAGGCAGGAAGCCCACCGGCCAAUGGCUUCGUCACCCUGGGCAGGCUGGCCAAGGCCCGGGGCCCCCGGAGCAGCUCGGCCGCGUUCCAGCUCCAGAGCCUGCAGGUCGUGUGCAGCGACACCUGGGCCGAGGAGGACCGGUGCUGCGAGCUCCCCGCAGCGAGGGAUGGACAGACGUGCCCGGCCCUCCCCUCUGCCUGCACCUGUUCCUCUAAGACCCCAGGGCCCCCAGGGCCCCAAGGACCUCCCGGAGAGCCGGGGCCACCUGGACAGACUGGACCUCAGGGCCCUGGAGGUCAGCAGGGGUCGCCGGGGACACAGGGCCGCACUGUCCAGGGGCCUGUGGGUCCAGCAGGGGUCAAAGGAGAGAAGGGGGACCCUGGACUACCCGGCUUACAGGGCCACCCUGGACUGCAGGGCCCCCCCGGGAGAGUUGGCCUCCAGGGACCGAAGGGAAUGAGAGGCCUGGAAGGCACAGCUGGUCUGCCUGGCCCCCCCGGCCCCCGGGGGUUCCAGGGCUCAGUGGGGGCCAGGGGCGCCAGUGGGGAGCGAGGGCCCCCAGGGGCUGUGGGGCCCACGGGGCUGCCAGGUCCCAAAGGGGAGCGAGGAGAGAAGGGGGAGCCCCAGUCCCUCACAGCCAUCUUCCAGCUGGUGAGCCAGGCCUGCGAGUCAGCCAUCCAGGCACACGUGUUGAAGCUGAGCUCCUUCCUGCCGGAGAAUGCCAGGCCCCCGAUGCCCAUCUUGGAGGAGACGGCAAGGCCGGAGGGGCCUGGGCGCCUGGGGCCCCCUGCUGUGCACAGCGAGGCCCUGCUUCCUGCAGCCCGUGCCCGUGGCCGCCGCCACUCUGUGGACAGAGGUGCCAGAGCAGGACCCUCCAUGUGUCGCCCGAGUGACCCUACGCCAUCUGCCCUGGGCUGGGCUGGACACCGGCAGGAAGAGCCCUCGGGAAGAAGCUGAGGGGAGGAUGGGGGAGACCUGGGACCUUCCCUCUGUAGAGCCUCCAAGCCCUCAUAAACCACUGACA